AUGCAACGCGGCAGUGUACUUUCCCAACGCCGACAAGAAGGGCGCUCUGCUGCCGGGGCUGUGGGCUGGCGGUGGCCCGAGGUGGUCCGCGGACGGGCACGAGCUGAGCUUCGCUGCCAACUACCUGGGACACUUCCUGUUGGUGAACCUGCUGUUGCCCGACCUACAGGCCAGCUCGGCGAAGCCGGCGCGCUGUGUGAUCCUCGGGAGGGGACGGUCACCGCGAGCGUCAACGAGAAGGACGUCGGCGGCAUGAUCCCUCCCGUGGCCGACGUCGGCGAUUUUGGCGGCUUGGAGAUGGGCAUGAAGAAGCCGGUUGCCAUGGUGGACGGCAAAGAGUUCAUCGGCGCGAAGGCCUAUAAAGACAGCAAGGUCUGCUGCGUGAUGCUCAUGCGGGAGCUCCACAAGCGGUACCACGAGUCCACCGGCAUCGUCUUCUCGUCCUUGUACCCGGGAUGCAUCACCGACACGGGCCUUUUCCGGGAGCACUACCCCGCCUUCAGAGUCUUCUGGCCGCUGCUCAUGAAGAAGGUGGUCAAGUCUUACGUGAGCAACGAGGAGGCCGGCUCGAGGCUGGCGAAGUGCGUCGCGGACCCAGACUACGCGGUGUCCGGCUCGUACUUCAGCUGGGGGGGCGAGUCGGGCACAGGCGGCUCCGGCGGAGUGGACGCGUCGCAGAACAAGGAGAAGUCGUCGGACGUCUUCGGGCAGGACCGAGGGCAGCUUCAGGACGCUCGCCGUGGACGAGAUCGGGGGCCAGGCGGGCUGGGACGGAGGCGGCGAGAAACUCUUCAACCUCAGCGAGGAGCUGGUGGGGCUCACCGCGGCCGAGAAGGAGGCCCGCGUCCUUCGGAAGGAGUCCCAGGCGGCGUGAGGGUAGCAGCUGGGGCCCUCGCCUCGCUGCGGGCGCCCGGUGGGGGUGGGGCCGGCUGGCCCAGCCUCCCGCGCCUCCUCCGCCUGGGCUUCCUCCUCCUCUCCCACCCCAUUCUCCUUUCGCCUCCCUGCCCACAUUUCCCCUCCCCCCCCCCCGUCGGCAGGCCGCGUCGGGAGGGUCCGCGUGCUGCCGCGCCCCGCCCCCCCCCGCGUGGGCGGCGGGCGCCCCCCCUCAGACGGGCGCGGCCUCUACCCGCCGGGAGGCGCCGCCCCGCGGGAGAUUUUGGUGUGCUUUUUUAA